GAUCUCUCGAAUCAAACGAUCUACUGUUCAAAUGGAAUAUUCUGCAACGUCUUCACAACGACGCUGCUGCUCCCCGGACCACCAACCAGGUUUUCAUAGAAAGCAGAAACUUGAACAACUUGACGUGCGACAUCAUCAUGGAUAUCUGCACCGGCCCUCUUCUCCUCAGGCUUUAAUGUUCCUAAUUCUGGCACGAGCAUCCAAAUUCUAACUGAUCUACAUCUCAAAUCUCCCUCCAAUGACGACUUGCGUUUCACCCCCAUUCGAUCAUGCUAAAGCAGACGUUAUCUUACGGUCAGCUGAUGGUGUCGAGUUUCGAGUCUUCAAGCUGCUCCUCUCCCUUGGCUCUCCAUGCUUUGAAGGAAUGUUCGACAUUCCUUAGACACCUAAUGGGACUCUCGAUCAAGAAAUGAAGGAUGGCUUAGCAGUCAUCCCCAUGUCUGAGGACAGCAAAACUCUGGACUCAUUUCUCAGGUUUUUCUACCCAUUGUCACCCGCCGAAGAUCCUACUCUCGACAACCUAGCAGACGCUCUACUUGUGCUCAUAGCAGCCAAGAAGUUUAUGUUCGACCUGGUCGAGAAAAUAGUGUGUCAGGUUCUGCUGAGUACGAAGGUUCUCGAAAAAGAGCCCCUUCGCCGGGAGCGCGUGGCUCAAACACGAAACCAUCAUCGCUGCUAGAUACACCUUACGAAAUCCCUUAAUUCCCGCAUGGUUUGCAGAGAUCAAAUAUAUCACCGCAUCUGACCUUCUUGCCCUGCUCACAUACCACCAAAAUUGCGGUAUCACCGUACAAGCCUUGGCGAACGACUUGAAAUGAAUGACAAUGCAUUAUGGUAAUCAGACUAGCUGCAGCUGGAUGUUUGGUGUGACACAUAAAUCUCCCGGCUCUCACCAGUACUGUGGUUGCGUACUGGGUACCGACCUUGGAUUUUUACCAUUCUCUCUCGUCCCAGUUGCAUGGUGGACAAAAUUUAUGCAGGGGGUAUUCGAGUUGUUGAAGGAGAACUUGUCCGGCGACACUGAAAAGAGCAGCAGACAAGACAGUCGAAAAGGUCAGAAAUGUAGGCUGUUCGACUUGCUCGGGUCAGGUGAU